AUGUACAAAGUCAAGGCCGUCUACGACUACGCGUCCCCCCACGAAGAUGAUUUGGGCUUCAAGGUCGGCCAGAUAAUCUCCGUAACCGAGGAGGAGGGCGACGACUGGUAUGUGGGUGAAUAUACCGACGAGAGCGGCACCAAGCACGAUGGCCUCUUCCCCAGGAACUUUGUCGAGCGCUACGAGCCAGAGCCGCCGCCACGGCCCAACCGAGCAUCGCGGCACAAGCCCUUGGAGCAGCCGCCUGUGCAAGAAGCUCCCCCCAUGCCCCAGGCCCCUCAGCAGGAACCAGAGCCAGUUCAACCUCAGGAGCCGGAGCCACCCAAGCCACAGCCUGCCCCCAUUGAGGUGCCCCAAGCUGCCAAAACAACACCGUUGCCCAUGUCGCCCAUGUCGCCCCGCUCUGCGUCGAGCGCGAAGGCCCAAGAAGCCCUACCGCCGCAGUCAGAGUCGCCCAAGCCAGCCCUUCCUGCGAAGAAGGCCCCGCCACCUGUCGCCGCCAAGAACAAUGCUUUCCUGAGCCGCAUCGCCGCUUUCAACAAGACAAGUGAGCCUCCGCCUAAACCUAUCAAGCCAGCUGGCGUCGCCCCGAGCUUUGUCAAGAAGCCAUUCGUGGCUCCGCCGCCGAGUCGGAAUGCCUACGUUCCUCCUACCCGAGAGUCGGCAGCUCCACCAGUCAAGACAUACCGUCGUGAGGAGGAUCCCGAGAUUGCAGAGCGCCAGGCGCAGAACCAGAACGAUGCAGAGCGUGCGGGACUGGUUGCUCAUGAUUCUCAGAAAACAAAUGAAGGCGAAGAAGAGCAGCAGCCCAAGAUGAGUCUGAAAGAGCGCAUUGCCCUUCUUCAGAAACAACAGCAGGAACAGGCAGAAAGGAUGGCAGCUGCGCACAAGGAGAAGCCGAAGCCUAAACCGCCAGUAGUCAGGAGAACCGAGUCCCAAGACGCUCACGCUGAAGACAGCGAAGAUACCGGUCUAGAGCGCGUGACAAGUGGAGCGUCCAAGGGUCGUGCGUCCAUGGACCAGAAUCGACCUCCGCGGGCAUCUCACGACAUUCGAUCUCCGGACUCGGAAGCCCGCAAUCGCGAACUACUUAGCGAAAACGAUGCCGAUCAAUCCGCCGCCGGAGACACCGAGGAUGCUGGAGGAGAGUCCACAAGUGUCGAAGAGGACGAGGACCGACCAAAGAGCAGGCACCCGCCGCCGCCACCCCCUAGAGCACCUAAUGCUCCUGCCGAAGAGCCCAACGUUGGCGACGAGCAAGAUGUGCCCGGAGAAGAGGAAGAAGAGGAGGAGGAGGAAGAUGAGGAGACCGCGGAGCUGAGACGUAAAGAAGAGCUACGUGAGCGCAUGAGGAGAUUGGGCGGCGGCAUGGGCGGCAUACCCAUGUUUGGCGGUCCUAUGCCCAUGGGCGGUCUUCCACCAAAACCACCAAAGAAGAAGUCGACCACUGAGAAGAAAUCCGAAGACGCCGAACAGUACAGCAUGCCCCAGCAACGUGUGCCUAUGUUCGGAUUUGGUAUGCCUGGCAUGGCACCCGUCAAAAGCCCAGAGCCGGAAGACCGCUCGCUUUCCGUCGAAAAGGAAGACGACACCUCGCACCCUGUGACCAGCGCUCAUCCAGCGGACGAAGUACCUGAUGUAGAGGACGUCGCAUCUCAGCCAACUCAACAAACAUCUACCGGCAGUGGCGCCCCACCUGUCCCAACAGACCGACGACCUGCUCCUCCUCCGGUGCCAGCAGCGUCUCGACCAGUGCCACCACCCCCUCCUCAGGUUCUCUCUCCUGGACCUGGAUCUGAGUCUGGCGAUGAAAUGACAGACACUGCUAACACACCGUCUGCUCCAAUGCAAGCACCCAACAAGCGACUCUCAUAUUUUGCUUCCGGUGAGCCAUCACAAGAGCCAUCAGAGAGGCGUGCGCCACCUAUCCCUUCUGCCGGUCCCGGAUCUCCUACAACAAGCCGGCCACCUCCACCACCUCCACCAGCACAAGCGCCCCCUUCGCGUCAUGAAGAUCUGCCAAUCCGCAAGCUUGACCGCAACGAGGGUGAAACCGAUUACGAAGGUGAUUAUGACACGGACAUGGCACCAGAGGCAACUCAUAAAGAUGCUUUGAAGUCACAUGCUAGGGAUUCAAGUGUAGAGGACAGCGCCUUGACAGACGAGCCAACAUCAGCGCGAUCGCCCACAAUUCCUCACGGCAUGCCACCUCUUCCCCCUACUGCACCUCGUGCAGUACCGCCUCCUCCACCCCAGCAGGCGCCCAAUCGGCCAUCAACAGAUGCACCACGUGGUGCUCCUCCUCUUCCCCCGGUACCGCCGCCGACUCGCAACGCCCCUAUGGACGAAGAUGACGACGAGUAUGAUCCGUACAAGUAUUCCGGACCACCUCCUCCACAGGCUGCGGCUCCUGCAGCUCCUAGAGCAGUUCCACCACCCCCGCAAAGUCAGCCGCCUCCCCCACAGAGUCGUCCACCGCCACCAAUGCCACCAUCGAUGCCUCCCAUGCCCCAGCGUCAACAAUCAGACGAUGAGGACGAUUUGUACUCUUCGCCUGCGCCUCGGAAGUCUCACGACAGACCGCCACCUCCACCGCCUCAGGCCCCGCCGCACCAGCAUGCACCUCCACCUCUUCCACACAUGCAGGCUCCACCUCCCCCAGCUCAAGAAAGAAUGGCACCACCUCCACCCCAAGAGCGUCCUGUUUCAAUGUUCUCACCCGUUGCAACAGAGGCUCCACCUCGGAUAUUGAACACUCGAAAAUCACUCGAUGCUGUCCAGAUGCUUACAACUCGCUCCUCUAUGGAUCAGACCCGUCCGACAACGAACCAAGGUUUCAUUGCAAGUGAUAUCGAUUUGGGGGUUUCGUCGCAUUGGUGGACUCAACCCAAACUGCUCCCUCCUUCACUGCAGGGUCGCAAAGACGUCCUGGUAGACAUGAAGGAGUCGCAGUCAGGCAACACUGUAGAGAAACUCAUCAAGGUUCUUCACCUUGACUAUUCACAGACAAUCAUUUCCGCUCGCUUCGAGGCCACCAAUGUCUCCGACGUUGACCUGGAGCAGCGCAAUGAGCCGCCACCUCCCAGCCAACGCCCAGACCAGCUAGAGAACGCGUACGAACAGUAUGGUCGCUCGAUAGCCAAGACCAUCGAGUCAAAACAGAACACUGUUGUCGGCAACGGCACGCCGCACGGUCUGGUUGAUGAGCUGUUGAAGCCCUUCAAUGACGCAUUGCCUCCGAUCUCGACCCGUUCCUAUGGUGCGCUCGUUUACGCUAACUUGGCCAACGCGUCCACUCAAUCUUACGAUGAGAUCCGCCCUGGUGACAUUAUCAGCUUCCGCAACGCCAAGUUUCAGGGUAAAACUGGACCAAUGCAUGCCAAGUACGCAAUGGAUGUAGGGAAGCCAGAUCACGUGGGUGUUGUUGUCGAGUGGGACGGUAGCAAGAAGAAGGUGCGGGCUUGGGAGCAAGGACGCGAGCACAAGAAGGUUAAGCCCGAGAGCUUCAAGAUGGGAGACUUGAGAUCAGGUAGUGGAAGAGACCGAAACAGUGAGAUGCCCACAGAGAAGAAGGGUAAAGCCGAGAAAGAAGCGCGUAUAAAGGCUGAACGCGCAAAGACCUUGCAACAUGCUCAAAAGCUAUUGAACGGACUCGAUAACGAUGACGAUGCUCCAGAACCGGCAGAAAUCUUAGAAACCACAGCUAGCGAUCUGAUCAGCCAAGGGGACGAGGAAGAUGGUCUAGUCAAAAAGGGUUCAGAGCGUGAACCAGAGUUAACUAACAAUAAGGGAAACAGUGGCAAAGCACACAUGAGCAAGCCGACCAACACUACUUCGCACGCGCACCACAAGAAGCAAAAUCUAGCGGUCUCGCCUGGUUUUAUAGUGACAGACGCGAAUUUGACUGAGAAGGUUGGUGCGGCUUUCAGUGAGAACGUUCGAGGUAUCGCGCGCAGGAAAAGGUGGGAGAGUGAUAUUGUGGAGAUAUUGGUCCGAACCGAUGCAUUGCGAUGGCUUAAGAGAACUGUUGUUAAGUCUGACUUCCCGAAGGCUUUUGAAGAUUAUGAAAGAGCUAAAAAAGCGGGAGAUUUCAAGAAAGUAUCGAUACCGAAGUGGCACGAGGUUCAGAUACUUGAGAGCGUCAGUCUGGAUACUGACGUGAAUUCUGGGGUGGAUGGCAGCAGUGAUGACGACCCUCUCAGAGACGAAAAGGAUGAGUCCGUAUUACAAGGCAGCGAAGAUGACGAACCAGCUGGAGUAAAAGAGCAAGAUAGCUUAGUGGCAGAUGCAGAAAAUGAGACAGAGCCUGAUGAAGCUGCACGAGACGCCGCUGAAUCUAGUAGCGGCGUAGAGUCCCAAGGCUCUGAACAGCAACUUGUCUCGGAAAAGGUUAGAGCAGCUGCGGGGGAGAAGGAGACAAGGAUUAUUUCGAAGAUUGAUCAGGGAGACGAGGCAGUAGAUAAAGCAUCAGGGUCCAAACAGGGCAACAAGAGGGGUUCCGCCGCGCCGACCAGCAAGCAACCACCUGAGAAAAAGCGGAAGUCUGCGAAGACCACAGAUCGUGCUGAGAAGUUGGGUGAGGAUGAAUUCGAGGGUACAAACGAUGUGAUUUAG